AUGGCUCAGGAUCAGGCCUUGGAACUUGUGAAGCAGCUCAAAGGCUUGAAUCUGAGUCCUGAAUCGAUCACGUUGCAGCUGGAUCGUCUUCAUGAGCGACAAGCAGCGGAGCGAAAAGCAGAGCGCGAGCGUGAGCGGGAGGAGCGACAAGCAGAGCGCGAGCGUGAGCGGGAGGAGCGACAAGCAGAGCGCGAGCGUGAGCGGGAGGAGCGACAAGCAGAGCGCGAGCGUGAGGAGCAAGACAAGCGAAUCAAAGCGUAUGAGUACCUUGAGGAUCAUUUCGAGUUGCCUCAGAACUCUAACCUUUUUGAGCAUGUAGCCAGCAUGUCAGCGGAGAAGCUCUCCCUGAUCCGUUUCGUCACCCGCAUGCUUUUUUGCACCAACCCGACGCCCGACGCGCAAGCUCACCACGGGCACACUUGGAACGAGCGGGAGGAGCAGCAAGCAGAGCGCGAGCGGGAGGAGCGACAAGCAGCGGAGCGACAAGCAGCGGAGCGACAAGCAGCGGAGCGACAAGCAGCGGAGCGACAAGCAGCGGAGCGAAAAGCAGAGCGCGAGCGUGAAGAGCAAGACAAGCGAAUCAAAGCGGGCACACUUGGAACUAAAAAGGCGUCAUCUUCGAACGCGGAAGCCUAUUUACCUAGCAAGUCACCUUCACAGACCCCAAAAAUUAGUGACAUCAACGACAAUGCGGCGGCCGUCUUUGGUAUCGUGGAGUUGCCUCCGAGCUGUCAUUACCUGGCCCUUGGGAUCGUCCAGCGAGCUGCCAAGCUGUUGUCUGCUCAUGAUCAACUGCCUGAAAAAGGCAUCCAUACUGAGUUUACAGCCGCAUACCAAGAGUUCAGCCAGGUGCACAAUGACCUGCAGCACGAACCGUACUAUUCGACGCGGAUAUCACUGGCUCUACACAGUUUCUUUGAUUUUGUGCGCUUGACGCACCAGGCAUCAGUUGGAGCCAACAGCAUGCACGCUGACUGGAUAGGUUUCGACUCCGACCUGCACCCAGUCGUCAUGGGCGAGUGCAAAAGGAAUUUCAAGCACUUUGGCAACUUUGGUGGCCAAGUGGGCAACCAGGUUGUGCGCCUUGGCAUCCAGCCGACGACAAAUCACAUUACACAGGAGAGGCAACACCUGUUCUAUCCGCUCAUCAACAUCAAUGUGUGUGGCAACAUUCUGACCGCUUAUUUGGUCCUGCACUUGACCCGCCAGAAGACGGUUGCUCUGGUUGAAAAAAUGACGGGCCUCAAGAAGGACUACCACCUGGCUUUUCUCCGGCUUGGAUCCGCCCGAAUUUCCAGCAACCCCAAGGACCAACAGGCUGUCUGGGCGCUUUUGUCAGCUUGCAAUGAUUUUGUGUCAGGUCCCUUGCGGGCUAUUAUCAAGGAGUACCGUGAUACCAAAAAAACUCAAUUUGCCUCCGAGCCCUUUCCCUGCCCGGCUCCGGACAUGGUAGGGUGGACCUGCAACGAAACGUACGGGCCCAAUGUGCAGCAGUACGAGCAUGUCAGUGGCGGGUCGUGGGUCAUCAAGCACUACGACUAUUGGGGCCGCCAUGCUGAGGCUUUUGGUACAAAGGCGUACCAGAUUGCUUCCCGUGAUGCUCGCCUACCACCAUCACUCGAGCUGCUCAAAGCACUUGAACAGUUGCCAAAGACGGGCGAGUUUUACCGGGCGUGGGUGGUGAAGAAGCUUGCGACCGAGGUGGUGCUUCUCCGUUAUCCACGGGUAGAGACAGCCCCAUGUGGCCUUCAUGCGCCGCUCCAGCUGAGCGAUGUCACUGCGCAGGUGCAAGCGUUGCACAACAUUGGCUUUGUGCACGGCGACAUCUUGUCUCGCAACAUUCUCUUUUGUGACAACUGGCAACCGGAGGAUUGGAUGUUUCAGUCGCCCAGCUGGGAGGAGGGGCAGCACAGCUCCGGUGCUCGGUCUGGCGCAUCUCCGAAGAGUCGAGUGUCCUCCGCGGAAGCAGCCUCAGUGAAAGAAGCUGUGCAAACUGAGAAGGCGACAGCCAAACAGCCGAUGGCUUUCCUGAUUGAUUUUGACCUGGGUGGUUUUCUUCACGAAAACGCAACGUAUGCACCCAGCUUCAACUGCUAUGACGACCUUGAGAUGUACCGCCAUCCAAAUGCCAGGCCAAAUUUCAAACUACAAAAGUUGCACGACGGCUAUGCAUUGGCUCGCGUGGCGGAAGAGAUGCUGGAGGACAACGACGCCCGUAAGAAGCUGGUCGAGGCGUUGGAGGCGGUCAAGUUGGACGAAGCCAUCGAGCUGUGCAAGGCCUGCACUGGCCGUCAAGGGGUGAAUAUGGUCACCAAGGCAUCGGGUAGCCCCCCGCGCGACACGGCGGGUGGUCCAGCGCGCCCCACACCUCGGUCACGCCGCUCAAACCCUCUGCUUUCUGAUUCUCAGCAAACACGUCGUCAUCUCACUCCGGUCCAAGAGGACACCGCCAGACGAGAGACCUGCGUGAGCGAGGUCGACAGGACGACGGGCGAGCUGGCAGUGGUAGUUUGUCGCCUAGAGGCGCUCCGUACGUUUGCCGACCAGCAAGAUGAUGUUGGCUUGGUUCUGAACCUGCGCCGCCUCUUGGCUGCCGUUGUCCGUGGCACUAUUGCGCAGCCUGCGGCGCUGAGUUGCCUUCAGUUUGAGCAUGAUGAGCACUUUGCCGUGGUCCUCGCCGAUACCUUGCAUGCUCUUGAUCAUGAAGCUGCCAAAGGCGAUCCGCGCGCUCGCUUCUACAAAUUGUUGACCGCCGUGGCCGCCCUUUCUGAUCAGCAACGUGAACUGCUCUACGAGCGACUGGAGGCCCCUACCCUCGAGGACGCCAAGCUUGUUCGUGACUAUCGCAAAAUUUUGGUCCGCAUGCGUACCACUCGCUUCUACAAGCAGCAAAAGUACAACCUUCUGCACGAAGAAAAUGAAGGCUUUGCCAAACUCGUCGAGCUCUUGGGCAACGAGACGUCUUUGACGCAACCCACCCCCACCAUUCUCAAGCAGAUUACCAGCCUCAUUGGCUACUUUGAACUUGAUCCCAACCGCGUGCUUGAUGUCAUCCUGGACAUGUUUGAACAAACGCGCUCGCCCGAGCUACUCAACGUCAUUCGAGAUUAUGCGGCCCUGGGCUCAUCGCUUGCCUCACUUGUGGGCUUCAAGUUUCAAAAUUACGCUGCGGCUGAAACCAAGACACCAAAGAGCCUCUUUGAAAUGACCGCCGUGCUCAUGAAGCAGGGCUUGCUGACGAUUGAAGAUAUCGAGCCCCACCUCUCGCCUACCGCUGAAAACACAGAGGCCAUGGCGCGCCUGAUGAGCGAGGGCAAGACGACCGACGCCGAGGGCCGGGAUUUGGCCGAGCAAGCUGCGCAGAACCAGUUUUUGGGGCUCUGCAGUGCCUUGAUUGCUGCCAACAACUGGGUUGCAGCAAAAACGAUCCUCGACAUGCUGCCGCCAUCCUUUGCGGCCACUCAAGCCGACCUCCGACAAGUUCUGCUUGACGUUGUUCACGUCAAGAUUGAGCCCCUUUAUCGCAAACUCAGUGCUGUCCCGCAAUUGAUGCGCUUGUCGCCAACGCUGGCGGCCAAGCACAAGCGAUACAGCUACGUCACCCCCUGCGACAGCUUUGGCACGUUUGUUGCCGAUGUCUUCCCCAUGCUUCAUCAGAUUGGCUUUUAUGUCGGGCAGGACAUCCUCCUCUUUACCAAGGUUUUGCGACUCUGUGAGACUUUUUUGAGCGCUGCCUCUGAAAUGGACAGCACCUCGUCCAACCUUCAAGAUGAGAUUGAGCAAUUGAUGGACACGGUUUUGCUGCCAGCGCUCACCGUCAUGCCCAGCAACGCCCCCUUGUCUGAUCAAGUGUACAAGGUGUUGCAAUACCUACCCUACGUGACACGCUUUCGCCUGUACUCCAAGUGGAAGCGAUCAACGCUCAAGUCCCACGCUCAACUGCGUGGCGUGGCCGAGAAUGCCGUCAAGGAGAGCAAGUACAUUCUAAAGCGUCUCUCCUCCGAAACGGCUAAAAAGUUUGGCAAGCGCCUGGGCAAGCUCUCGCACAGCUGCCCUAUUCCCGUCAUCGAUGCCCUCUUGGCUCAAUUGCAGUCAUACGAGAAUUUGAUUGAGGUUGUUGUCACAGCCAUCAAAUACAUGGAUGCGUUGGGUUUCGACGUCAUGAUCCUCUGCAUUUUGGAGGCCUUGACAGCCCCGGGCAAGACUGCAAUCAAGCCCGGGGAGUCUCACUUGGCGCUAUGGUUGCAAAAUCUCUCCCGAUUCACGGGUGCUCUGCUCAAACGCUACGACAUCAAGAUGCUGCCCAUUUUGCAGUACGUUGCGAACAAGCUCAAAGUUAACGAAACCUUCGACCUAAUCAUUCUGAAGGACUUGAUCAUGGCCAUUGCCAGCAUCGAGAGUGUCGAGGAUAUGACGGAGGAUCAGUUAGAAGCCAUGAGCGGUGGCCCGACACUGCGCGCCGAAGGCGGUUCAUUCAUUUCCACGCGGCAAACGCGUGAUCGUCGCAAAGCCGUGGCGCGUCUGCGGGCUGCUUUGAAGGACGACAGCAUGGCCAUUCCCUUGCUCAUCCUUAUGGGCCAGCAACGCGAAAGCCUGGUCUUCCAUUCCGAUGAGUCCCUGCAUCUCAAGCUCCUAGGAGACACCUAUGACCAACUGCAACAAACGCUGAUUCAGUUUCACGACUUUGUGGAAGUGCAUCUGGGCGAUGCCUACCUGGCUGAGAAGCUGCCUGAAUUGCCCAAGCUAUGUUCAACGUACAAGCUGGAGCCCGAUGUCGGCCUCUUCCUGCAACGGAGCGCCAUCCGCCAUCGCAUCUCUGCCGAGAUGGCGGCUCUGGAAUCCCCAACCAAAGAGGAUUAUCUCAAGGCUUGCGAGCGCACGCUCGCUCCGGUUUGCCAGGAUGUGAAGCUUUUGCAUCCCGAAACCCUGUGGCGCACCAUCCAGCCGCACUUUUACAUGACCUUCUGGUCCCUCUCGCUUCCGGACCUGCUCUUGCCCAGCAAGUCGUAUGAUCAGGCCAUUGCCAAAAGCAAAGAGUCGAUUGCCGAGGUGGAGGCUUCAAACCAGAGCGGCGCCAAGAAACGCCGGGAGAUUCACCAUUAUGAAGAAGUCAUUGCCAAGCUGGGGGCUGAGAAGCAGCGUCAAACUCAACAUGUCGAGUUUGUGCAGCACCGUUUGGAAACUGAGAAGGACACUUGGAUCCCCGAGACGGGUACCCGCAUUAGCUGGAUCACGCAGUACAUGCAAACCUGCGUGUUUCCCCGUUGCUUCUUCUCGGCUAUUGAUGCCAUUUAUUGCGCCAAAUUUGCCGAGAUGCUGCACAACAUGGGCACUCCGCACUGCACCUACAAUGAGGCGCAUCGCUACGGCCGGUUCUUGAGAGAGACGCUGAAGCUUUUGGACAAGUGGCACGGAAGCAAGGUUGAGUUUGAGCGCCAGCAAAGUGGUUUUGCUUCGCAGGGCCACCGUGCCAUCAUCACCUACGAAGACUUUCGCAGCCUUUGCUACAAAUGGCAUUGCAAGCUCACCAAGGCUUUGAUUAUGCUUUUGGAGGCGGAUGCCAAGGAUGCAGACAUUUUGCAGCGCGCGCUGGUUGUUCUGACCAAGCUGAUGCCUUAUUUUCCGCGCCUGCGCGUCAUUGGGCAAGGUUUGGAGAAACGCAUCAAAGCCCUAGCCGAUAGUGAAGAGACUCGUUCCGAUGUGCGCGUCAUGGCCCGGGCCUGUCUCGGGCAACUGCGUGCCAUCAAGGACACGCUUGUGGCUGAGGGUGACUUUCAUACCAAAACCUCGCGGACCAAGAAAGAGCCCGACACUGCGAAAAACUCGCCAAAGCGCGUGGCAUCCGACAGUGGUGCUGGGCUGCCAGCGGCCAAGCGCAAUGCCACGGAGCCAGCCAAGCACGUCAAGUCUGAGCCCAAGGCGGGCGGCACGGACAAGGACGGUGCCAAUGCAGCAAAGGAGGGCCCUGCUGCGCCGCCAGCGACCAAGGGUGAAGCGGCCAAGGGCGAAGAGGCUAAAGAGGUUAAAGAGAGCAGAUCUUCACGCCACGAGCGACGGGCUCGUGGCAGCAGCAAGCCUCGCAAGGAUAGUGCUACCAGCGAAACGAACAAGGAUUCUGAAGGUGGCAACGAGGCACGCGACGUCAAGCGUCCCAAGCUGGAAGAGCGUCUCAGUGGAGGCAGCAACAACAAUGCCGGCAAUGGCAACAACGGAUCGGGAGGACGCGGGGGACGUGGCAGCCGAAAUGGCGAUGGUGGCAACGCGCGCGCUCGUACGCCUGAGGGGCCCUCGUUGCCCCGUGGUGGCAACGGCAAUGCCGAGGAGGGUCGUCGAGCAAGUGAUCGCGGCCGUGGCGGUCGUGGAGGUGACCGAGCUGAUCAUCGUGGUGGUGAUCGAGACCAUCGUGGUGGAGAUCGCGCAGACCAUCGUGGAGGCGACCGUGGUAACGACCGCGGAGGUGAUCGUGGUGGCAGUGAUCGCGGCGGUGAUCGCGGCGGUGAACGUGGCGGCGAUCGCCGUGGUGGAGGCCGCCGCCGCAAAUAGAGCACAAACCUCGGCUGUUCUCCUUUGAGCGUGACGAAUGUUCGGCACUUAGAAAAAUUGAGCCGGCAGUGACUC